CUAAUUUUGUCCCAUUGUACUUUGCUAGGUUGCUAGGCAACAGAUAAACACUAAAUGUGUGAACUCUUUGGAUAUCACUAAACAAAACGCUUUUUCAGGCUUUCAUUAGAAUACACAUACAAUAUAUAACAUUAUUUGACACGAUAAACAAACAGUACCUGAAAAUAAUGGCCGAUGAACUACAAAAAGUUCACCUACAUUAUGAUGAUAUUAAUAAAAUCAGAGUAAUUGAUAAUACAGUUCUUAAGGAAACCGAAGAUUUAAAGAAUUCAUGCAAGGAUUAUGAUACGAAAGUACAAGACUUCGGGAAUAUAAUUACUUCUUUACUUAGCAUGUUGAAGGAGCUUGGUGAUAAUGUUGAGAGGCAAAAAAUGGCUGCCAUAGGAGCUACAAAUUUACUCAAAUCGAUUGCAAAAGAUAGAGAAAGUGAGCAAGCAAAACUACAAUCAGAAAUAAACGACAAAUCUAUGAUUUUGGAACAACUGGACUCUGAAUAUGAUGCACUUCAAAUUUUAGAAGCUACUCAAAUGGAGACUAUUGAAUAUCUCACACAACUCAGAUAAAUUUUGGAAUAUUUUGUAAUCAAUUGAAUAGUAAAUAUAUCGUUAUCGG